GAUAAAGGAAGACGGCAGCCAAUGAGGGCGAAGAGAGCACAAACGGCUCUAUCUGCGCAGGCGCGUUUGGAAAGCCGGGGCGAGCGAGGAAGGAAGCGAGCAAGGGAAAGAACGGAAGCCUGAGAGGAAAUGUUUUGACUGUAGACCCCAUUGCCUUCGCAGCCAGCAGCCGCCUGUGACUGUUCGGUUGACCUUGCGGAAGAGGGAGCCCGAAGGGAGGGGAUGAAUGAGGACAUACGGAUCCACACGUGGCCCUGUUCAUAUUACAUCAACUCCGAGAAGCGAUGGGUGCCUGGCAAGCUCUCUCUGACGCCCAUUUCGGUGAGAUUUACAGCCGACAAGUCGGGAGAGCUCCUGGCAAGCUUCCAUCUCUCCGGCAUCAGCGAGAUCAAAAAGGAGUCUUCACACUUCAUCUUCAGUUCCCUCACUGUUUUGGAGCAUGGCACCAAGCACUGGUUCAGUUCUCUUCAACCCAACCGAAAUGUGGUCUUCAACGUCCUCGAACACUUCUGGAGGGAGCAGCUGCUCUGUACGGCCGGGGCUGGAGCUCAGGCCUCGGGCCUUCCGACCUCAAAGGGGAAGGAGAUGACCGGCUUGUUGAGGGGUUCUGAGAAACGCCUGGAAGACACCGCGAAGGUGCUUGAGCACCAGGGAGAACAGUUUGACAACAUCAUGAAGGGGCUGAACAAGAUUGAGUCAGAGAUGGAUGUAGCAGACAGGUUGUUAUCAGAACUUGAAUCUCCAUCUUGGUGGCCUUUUGGUAGCAAACUGUUGAAGGGGCCACCGGAAGGAGCAAAGCCAAAGGAAGUCCCAGUAGUGUCUGACUCUGGAAACAAGGACGGGGUGAUCAUGCAGAUCCCUGUUAUUAUCACUGAACGAACAGACUCCAACGUCAAACCAGGCAAACUCACUCUCCUGGCUUCCGGACUUGAGAUCAGCGACUCCCAUUCCCAGCUCCUUCACCGGUUUGACAAGAAGGACGUUGAUGAUGUCAAAAUCCAUACGCCAUAUGAGAUCAGCGUCCGCCAGAGGUUCAUUGGCAAACCGGAUAUUAGCUAUCGGCUGUUGUCUGCAAAGAUGCCGGAAGCCAUCCCCAUCUUGGAAGUGCAGUUCAGCAAGAAAAUACAGUUCAUGGAGGAUGCUUUGGGGUUUCUCCGGGCAAGAAAGGGUCAGCAGGAAGAAGGUGGCACAUCCAUCUGGCAAGCAGCAACAGGACUAAUAGGAAGCAUGGUGCACGCUGGAUCCUCGCCGUCCUCCUCUCGGGGCGCAGGAGGCAGCCAGCAGGCCCAGGUGCAGAAGCAAGAGCAGGUUGUUUCGGAGGCUGAAGCUCAGGAAAUGCGACAGAUUCUCCGGCGGCUCAAGAGCCUGGCCUUUGAAACGGAGACGGAACUGGAGAAGCAGGACGAAGCCCUUGAUGCUAUCGCUUCCUCUGCAGACCGAGCCACCAUGAACAUCGACAAGCAGAACCGGAGGAUGAAGAAACUGACGUAGUUGCGUUGCGGAAGAUGGUGGCGUCAGGCCGUGAUUGUAGCUGGGGUCACAAGCCAUAAAUAUGGUCUCUCCCAUUGCUUGCAUCAGCUGAGGACAGUUGUGAGAGCAAGGAGAGCAUUCUAAACAAUGGAAAUUAUUAUUUCUUUAAGAGGCAUUUUUCUCAGUAAAGGGAAAGCUCUGUUCAAUGGCGAUGGAAGAAAGCUCAUCGCUGGUGCCGUUGAAUGUGGGAUGGUCACCUGACAUCCAGAGGAGUGGGGAAUGUGACGUUGCGCUUCUGUGGGGCAACUUUUCAUAAGAAUAGUGUGUCCUAUGAUGCAGAGAGCACUCUCUGAGGAUCUCUUCUGUAAUAGACCUGUUGUAGGAGUGAUUUAACUCUUAAUAACUUCAAUAACAUCUUUGUCCAUAGUGUCUUUGUCGAUUCAGCCAUGAAGUGAAUGAGUGGCAUGUUUUGGCCUUAAUAGUGUAUAAUCCAUAUAAAUAUGAAUAUGGGAAAAGCCAAGCAGGAUUGGACUCAAAUCCACCUGGUCUAGAAUUUUGCUUCCAAUGAGAACCAUUUGGAUGUUUCUAUGACAUCUUCUUUGUUUUUGGCUGUUUCAAACUGGCUCUGAACACAAGUGCUUUGUUUAGCAGAGUUUGGGAAAAAUACUCUUUUGUACUACAGCCCCCAACUUCCCUAGCCAGCAUGGUGGCUGGAAGGAUUAUAGAAGCUGCAAUCUGAAAUUAUCAUUAUUUCCAUGCUUUGUUAAUAACACUAUUGGGAGACCACCAUCUUCUGUUGGUCUUCACCCUCUUUUCUUGCCUUACGACUUGGCAGCAGUCACUUGUUGAUUUGGUUGGAAUGGGCUAUUAAUUCCUGUCAAUAACCUGGAAAUGGACAUUUUUUUCCGCCUUUUGAAAGUAGUUGUUUCAGAGACUUGAGCUGUGCUUCUUUGAAAGGCAGCUUUAUACACAAUCUUCUAACGUUGGGAUGAAGGCGGGAUAGGAAUUAAACAGGCAAACAGACUUCUUGAUCCUUGUGUGUUAAAUCAUAUUUUAUACAUACAUUGCCAAAAUAGUUAUUUAUAGGUGUUUAGGUGAGCACCUAGGAAUAAUAUUUUUUUGGAUUUUGUACAAAUUCUUCUAGUCUCUGGUGUUGCCCAUAGUGGUUCAGUACUAUUGUUCUGUAUGAAUAUGUGCAUGGCCCUAUGCAUCAUCAAAACCUUGGCUUCCUUUGAGUUUUCAGGGUUGAAUUGGUAGAUUUAGAACUAUUAGCUCUAGAAGCACUAGGCUUAAGGGAAAAAAUGGGAAGCAAAUUCUUACCAUCCUGACUUUUUCUAGGAUUCAGUCCAACAAUUCCUUUGGCAUGAACUUGGCUGAAGCUGGAAGUUGAACUAGUUUAGCUUCAGUUUCUUAGAAAUUGCAUAGAUCCACUGAUCUGUUUUGACUUAGAAUUAAUUUAAUGCAUUUUAUCUGCUGCUUGCAGUGGUAGAGCCAAUUGCAUGAGAGCUAGUUGCACAGUGAUAAAUUUGCAGAGCUUUUCUUUGUCUGGAAGGAGGGCAGCAAAACGGACUCCCAAGUUUGCCUUCCACAUUUUUCAUGAUGAUUUAAAUUUAUUCAAUAUUGUUUAAUGAAAGGGGGUUCUACAAUCAUGUAUCGCCAUGAGCCAUUUCAUGUAGUUUGCCUAUAGUUUUGUAUGAGUACUUGAUCAACUGGAAGUGAGCCUUGCCAAACACCAAGGGACAGAUGAAUAUGUUUAUAUCAGGCACGGGCAAACUUUGGCCCUCCAGGUGUUUGGACUUCAACUCCCACAAUUCCUAACAGCCGGGAGUUGAAGUUCAAAACACACUUUUGCCCUGUCAUAUAGGGUCUUUAUGAGACUGCCAUCAUUUAAUUUAGAGAAGGGAUUUUUAAAACUUCUUGAUAUACUUCGUAUGGGCAUAAGUUAUUCUAGUUGUACUAAUUUAGGUGUUCCAAUUGAGUGGCAAAUCCACUAAAAGUUAUUGGAAUUUGCCAGUUGCCAAUACAACAACCGUCGAACCAGGCAUCCUUUAAUAGUGGGUGACUUUUAGAUCCUAACUCAGACCUCAUGAUAAACCCAAGCCAUCCGACUAACUUGUAGCCCCUUCAGUUGUUUCAAGGCCCCUUCUGGUUUACUAAACUGGUGAAUCUCACUUAAGUCCUUUGUAAGCUCCGUCUGGCAUCUGUUGGCAAGUAUUUGAUACCCCUUGUCAGUUUUCUAUGUGUAGUAAUACAUGGGUAAGUUUUAUACACUUUCCAAGCCCUUCAUUGGUGUUUUGUAAGUUUUUAAGUCACCCUUUGUCUUAAUGCGGGGGAAAUCUAUGUUUACAGUAUUUAUUUAGCCAUUUCUGUAUUGAGACAUUGAUCUCCCAUUCUCUUUGCUUCCAUUCCUUCCCUUUGCGCAAACUGAAAAUGGGCAAAACAGCGUCAGAUACUACACUAUUGAUGUUUCUAUGCUUUGCUACACCUUUCAGCAAGGUGGAAAUGGGUUUGAAGGGUCUGAAAUCAGUGCCAAAUCUGGCAAUAUCUACAAAACAUUAUGUACUAAAGAUACAGAAAUAUUGGUCUCUUUCACUUUUGUAGCCUGGGACCGAAAUGAAUUGCAUUGGCAUUGUUGCCGCUCAAUGUGCAUAAGAUACUCAACACUGUGAAGGAGUUUUUUAUUGUUGCAGGAAAAAAAUGCAGACAAACAAAGAAAAAACUGACAUUCAUUAGUUGCACCAAUAUUCUGACAUCACACAAAAGUCAGGACUGGAUAGAAGUAUAUUUGGAAGCAAUUAAAGCUGAGACCUGCCUUGGGUGAUAAAUAAAUAAUUGAAUGCUAUUUCAAUUUCAGCUUUGCACAUUUGAACCCAGCAAUUCUUUGUUUAUUCUUGGCAUAAUUGCUCUAGUUUUGUCAAGUUGUUGUUGUUAUUGUUCCCCCAGUUUCCUCUCUUAAAAGAGACUCAAAGUGUCUAACAAAAUUAAAAACAAUACAAUAUUGUUGAGGACUGCAGGUGAACAGCAAUUGGGCUUUUAAAAAUUGUAUCAGAGGUGCCUUGAGAACAUACUGUAAGUCGCUUCUGGUGUGAGAGAAUUGGCCAUCCACAGCAGUGGUUCUCAACCUGUGGGUCCCCAGGUGUUUUGACCUACAACUUACAGAAAUCCUAGCCAGUUUACCAGCUGUUAGGAUUUCUGGGAGUUGAAGCUAAAACAUCUGGGGACCCACAGGCUGCAAACAACUGGUCUCCAGUGACGUUACUUGGGAUAUUCAGAUGUGUUACCAUCCUGCCGGGAGGCUUCUCUCAUGUCUCUGCAAGCUAGAGCUGACAGAUGAGAGCUCAUACCAUCUUGUGGAUUUGAACCUCCAAUCUUCAAGUCAGCAAUCCAACCUUCAAGUCAACAGUUCAGCCAGCACAAGGGUUUAACCCAUUGUGUCACCGUGGCUCCAUAAUUUUAAUUGGACUUGAAAUUGGCCAUUUUAAAACAUCAGUUUUAGUACUUCAGCAAAAUGUGGAAAAGCCAAGGGAAUGAGUACUUUUGUUGGCACUCUUAAUAACUAUCUUUUCCUCCUUUCUUUGCGGAAGGAAAAAUACUAAAUCAAAAUAGUUUUUUUCUUCACGGUCUCUGUGACUCACACACAAAUGGGUUUACUGUGCCUGAAAUAAAUAAUUGAAUGCUAUUUCAAUUUUCUUUAGUUUCUUUAUGGCUUUGGUCUUUGCUUUUAUGUUGUAGUUGUUGUAAAGAAAAGGAAAGAAGUGGAAAAUCCAGGAAAGAGUUUGCUCCUGUGUCUGUUUCCUCUAAAACCUAUUCUUCCCUGGCGCCUUUAGAAUGUGAAAGUAGGAUAAAAAUGCCAACAUUUUCAGAAUAGUAAGGGAAAUAUGUCAACAGACGUUUACAUGUAACUUCAAUAGUAAUGCAGGGCAGUUGUUCCUACUUGCCAAAUCCUAGGCCACUUGGUGAUGUUGUAGAAUAGAAGUUGCCCCAAAUGUUCCAUCUUACACAGAAGCAGUUACUGUGCACAGCACUUGCACUUUUAUUACCUUCUGCCUUUCCUUUACAUUGGUCUUAAUUUAUUUUAAUUUAUUUCGUUGUACUUUUUUGUUGCAAAUAUCUAUUGUUGCAAAUAUCUGUGUUGUUUUCCUUUUUUAAUAAUGCUUUCUGGCAUUAGUGAACUUCUGGCAUCCUUCAUCUGUGUGUUUCGUUUUGUGUCAGUUCACUUAAGUCAACUAUAUUGUUGGAUUUUCUUGCAAAAUUAAUUGGGAACAGGUUUGCCAUUUCCUCUUUCUUCUUAGGCUGAGAGAGUGUGACUUGCCCAAGAAUGAAUAAUUCAGCACUCAGUUCAUCUAUAACCAUAUUGAAGAAGGUGUGCCUUGAGUGAAAUUCAUACAGGAUUUGUCUUGCCGUCUUCAUGAAAGAGGAUAAUUCCAUGUUCUGCAAAAAGGAAAAAGGAUAGAGCUUAGAUAAAUUACUCCCCUAACUCGCCUUUAAAUAACAGUGCCAUCAUCUAUUUCUGGAUUUCUGGAGCUGAGAUUGAUGGUCUCCGGCAGCUUAUCUCUCAUCUUACACUUGAUGUAUCUGUUAGCAAUUAUCUGGGCUCUUCCAAUUUUACCGGGCUGUUUUCUCAGAUCCCUCCCAACCUGAAUGCUCUUUAUACUUAGUACUUUUUUUUUUGGAGAAUAUUUUGCAAAUUGCUUCCCUUUCCUCUAAAUCAUCAUCAUUAUCAUUUUAUUACUUACCUGUCUCUCCUCAUGGCUUGAGGUGAUGUACAGAAUAAUUAAAACACAUAAACAUUGUAUAGACUCCACAAAUACGCAUAUUAAAAUGUUUUCUAUAAAAGAUACAUAUUAAAACGUAUUUCUAUAAGAUACAUAUUAAAAUACACAAAACAGAGAUUGAACACAGGACACGAGUUUAAAAUUCAUGCUUAAAACUGGCUGGGUAGGCCUGCCAGAAGGUCUUUAGAUGGUAUUUAAAUUCCAGCACUUCAUUUAGCUGUGGGAGCUCUUCUGGCAGGUCGUUCUACAGUCUUGGGGCGGCGGAUGAAACGGGGGUCCUCUGCAUGACGGUGACUAGUUGAGUUCUAGCUGGUUGGAGACAAUGUAAAACCCAGACGACCUCAGUGUUUGGGGCGGAUUGAAUGGGAGAAGGCCAUCCUUUAGGUAACCUGGACCCAAACCAUGUAGGGUUUUAAAGGUUCAAACCAACACUUUAUACUUUGCCCGGAGACUAAUUGCUGCCACUGGACUGAUUUUAAGAUAGGUGUAAUAUGCUUACUUCUAGAUGUUCCCGUAACCAAUCUGGCUGCUGCAUUUUGAACCAACUGGAGUGUCCAAAGUUGGUACAAAGGUAGUCCAAUGUAAAGUGCAUUGCAGAAGUCCAACCUUACGGUUACUGGUGCAUGUGCUACCAUCUUAAGAUCCUCAAAAUCUAGGAAAGAGGCACAGCUAGCGGAUUAGCCAAAGUUGGGAGUAAGCACUACUGACCGUUGCAUCUCCCUGGGCUGAGAUGUCCAGGGACUGGGUGACACACCUCCAUCCCCAGAUGAGGACCCUUGAUUGCAAGCACCUCUGUUUUGUCUGGAUUCAGUUUCAAUUUGUUUUUCCUCAUCCAGCCCAUUACUUCCUCCAGUCAUUCAUUCAAAGGAGACACGCUAUUCUUAGCUGAAGGCAUGGAGAAAUAUAUUGCAUAUACUUCAUUCAAACCCACUUUUUCCAUGAAGCUAUCAGCACAGAAUAUAGCCUCCAUAUUCUACGCAGUGGAAGACUGAAUAUAUGUAAUUGAAAACACUAUUUUUCAGUGCCUGCAUUUCAUUGUCUUUUGACAAAUUUCUCAUAGGAACCGACCUAGUUCUACAUAAGCAAUACUGUACAGUAGAGUCUCACUUAUCCAAGACUCGCUUAUCCAAGGUUCUGGAUUAUCCAAUGCAUUUUUGUAGUCAAUGUUUUCAAUAUAUUGUGAUAUUUUGGUGCUAAAUUCGUAAAUGCAGUAAUUACAACAUAACAUUACUGUGUAUUGAAUUACCUUUUCUGUCAAAUUUGUUGUAUAAAAUGAUGUUUUGGUGCUUAAUUUGUAAAACCAUAACCUAAUUUGAUGUUUAAUAGGCUUUUCCUUAAUCCCUCCUUAUUAUCCAAGAUAUUCGCUUAUCCAACGUUCUGCCGGCCCAUUUAGCUUGGAUAAGCGAGACUCUACUGUAUAUACUUGUGUAUAAAGCAACUUCAUGUAUAAGUCAAGGGCAGGUUUGGAUGCCAAAAUUACAUGUAUUGCUUCAACUCAGAAUUUUGGGGCAACUCUUUUGUCUAGUAUAAUACUAUAUAUGGUAAUUUUUGACUGUGCACAUACUGAGUAAAAACAUAGUUGCCUGGGAUUAACAAUUUUCAGUCUCCAUCAUAAUGUUAAACUAGAAUGUUCAAUAUUUAAUGUGAUGUUGCAGAAGGGCAGAGAAGUGGUCAAAUACAUUGAGUGCAGGAUUCAAAUUCCUCAUGGUGCUGUCUGGAUUUUUUAAAAAAUGGAAGUUACCCUUAAAUGUCUAGUCCUUAUAGCUGGACAAAUAAAUUUUAAAGCUGGAAGGCUUAGUGAUGUUUCACAAGACAGAAGUCUAGUUACUUUGAAGUAGCCUUAAUUUCCUACGUAGUUUAUUACAUAAUCAUUAACAAAACCUUGGUGAAACAGAUGGGAAUUUGUUGAAUUGUAGAUGUGGCAUGAAUUUGCAGAAUGACUCCCUAGCCUUAGCAAAAAAUAUUGAAAUUUUGUGGAAUUCUGUUUUUCUUUCUUGGCACAAUGCUUGUCCCUAUGGUGGCAGAGAAUCCCAAGCAGGAAAACAUCUAAAGGAGAUAAUAGGGCCAUUUGUGCAUUGGUGUUUCUGCACACUUUUAGUUUCAUGCACCAAUGAGGGUUUGGGAAGGUGCAGAACAGGGAAAAAUACCCGAAAGGAUAAAAGAUGAUGGUGCCGACUGAUGGGGAACAAGUUCUCAACCUGGUUCUCAUUAUCAGGUCAAGACUAACUCUCGAUGGGAACCAUCUGGAGGGAUGUGGUUCUGAAAUGUCCCAGGAACGUAGACAAGGGAAUGAUAAUGCAGGGUGCAUUUUAAACCAAAUGGAAAGGAUGAUUCUGAUAGUCAAAAAGAGCCUGUUUCUGGGACUCUUGAUAUGAUAAAUCUCCCCCCCCCCCUUUGUCUCUCAGUGAAGUUUUCCUUCUAUUAGGGCCAGCUGAACUUGGAUAUUUCUUCCUUCUUGGAUGAUUUCUUCCUUCUUUCCCCACCUGUCUUGUGGCCAUGGAGAUCAUCCUAAGGAAGGCAGAGGAGACCAGACCUUGGUCAGUUUUUCCUCCUUCUCACUCAAGCAAUGGGUUUGGCUGCAGCUACAGACAGUGUGGUCCUCGUGGUCCCAUGGCGAAACCAGAAGUCUCGGAGAGAGUCUGGAGCGGACAAUUGGCAACCUGCGUAGGAGCCUGCUGGAGGAUUUACUGCCUGGCACUGGGUCUGCCUCCAAUGCGUAAUCUCCUACCAUCUUCAAAACCUCUUCCUUUCCACUGUGGGCUUCACAAUGCACUGCGGCUUUUCUCCCUCUUCCUCGCACUCGGGCCCUAAACUGCUCUCUCUGUCUCCCGCCAGCAAAGCCACCAAUAUUUAUAUCUCCUCUUCUCCAUUUCCCUUCUUGUUCUGGGAAACCACCAAAUAGUUUGGAGAGAUCCCAGCUCAAAGGACAGCCUUGGCUUGAUGAAGAUCCUCACUCCCAUCCCCAGAACCUCCUGUUACAAGGAAUGCAAGAAGACGGUCUCUUGACAAAACUAGAGGGAAGCCGACAGUCGAAGAAGACCAAAGGAAAGGAAGUUCUAGCCAACAAACCAAAGCCAACCUGCAGAAGGGUUAGAUCUGUUUCACUAGGAAAUGCCUUCCCUACUUUCUUAAGCUUUGCCUUUCUCCAAGAUGAACCCUCUUUUCAUGCCUCUCACUUUCCAGUUGAGAAAGCAAGAAGGUUGGAGAUACAUCUGAGAUGGAAGAUACAGAUUAAAUCCUAAUUAUCAGGGGAUCUGAAUUCUGAAAUACUCCAAAAAUCAUAAUGUUUUGCUGCUGAUGGACGGGAUUUGUAUUUGGGGAAAGGGGGCUAGUCACAUGCCCAGCACUACUAACAGUGACAUGGGGUAGGAAACUGGAAAUGGGCCAGGAAUGUGCAAAGUCCCCAUUGGCUUGUAUACAGCCCAGAGAGAAUGAGAAGGCAUCACAGAGAGAGGGGCAGAUGCUGAUGGCCGGAUUUUGUAUUUGGAGAAAGGGGGCUAGUCUCAUGUCUGGCACUCACUAACAGUGGCAUGGGGUGGGAAACUGGAAAUGGGCCAUUACUGUGGAUAUAGACAACCCAAUUGGCUUGUAUACAGCCCAGCGAGAAUGAGAAGGCAUCACAGAGAGAGGGACAGAUGCUGAUGGCCGGAUUUUAUAUUUGGGGAAAGGUGGCUAGUCUCAUGUCUGGCACUCACUAACAGUGGCAUGGGGUGGGAAACUGGAAAUAGGCCAUUAUUGUGGAUAGACAACCCAAUUGGCUUGUAUACAGCCCAGCGAGAAUGAGAAGGCAUCACAGAGAGAGGAGCAGAUGCUGCCAACAACCGGGUUUCGUAUUUGGGGGAAAGGGGGCUAGUCUCAAGUCCAGCACUCACUAACAGUGGCAUGGGGUGGGACUCUUGGAAAUGGGACAUGAGUGACCCCAUUGGCUUGUAUACAGCCCAGAGAGAAUGAGAAGGCAUCACAGAGAGAGGGGCAGAUGCUGAUGGCUGGAUUUUGUAUUUGGGGAAAGGGGGCUAGUCUCAUGUCUGGCACUCACUAACAGUGGCAUGGGGUGAGAAACUGGAAAUGGGUCAUUAUUGUGGAUAGACAACCCAAUUGGCUUGUAUGCAGCCCAGAGAGAAUGAGAAGGCAUCACAGAGAGAGAGGCAGAUGCUGCCGAUGGCUAGGUUUCGUAUUUGGGGAAAGGGGGCUAGUCUCAAGUCCAGCACUCACUAACAGUGGCAUGGGGUGGAACUCUUGGAAAUGGGACAUGAGUGACCCCCAUUGGCUUGUAUACAUCACAGAGAGAAUGAGAAGGCAUCACAGAGAGAGGAGCAGAAGAAGACCUAGAGAGGUACUGUCGAAAAGACACCCACAUCAGUACCUGCAUUGCAAUGGCAGAACGUCUGAUUGGAAAAGACUAAGCUCUACUUUUUCCUUCUUGUUGUUAAUGUACGAGACCCAGGGGCUUCCUGAUGACUUGGCAACUCGGUGCAGCGAUUUCGCGCACCAUUUUGCAGGCAAAGUUGCUCAGAUACGCCGUGAGUUGGACUCCAGCUUAACUGUAGUUCCAGUGGAGGUAACCGAGGUACCUGUCUGUUCGAUCUUAUGGGAUUCUUUCCGGCUUGUCCUUCCUGAUGACGUGGAGCGGAUUCUUGGGUCUGUGAGGGCGACCACUUGCGCUCUGGAUCCUUGUCCUUCUUGGAUGGUUAAGCUGGCCAAAGAUGGGUUGUUGGAUUGGUUUGUGGCUAUUAUAAAUGCCUCCUUGGGUCAGGGGUCAGUUCCAUCCUGCUUUAAGCAGGCAGUAGUAAAACCAUUACUAAAAAAGACCUCUUUAGACCCAUCUGUAUGUAGCAACUACAGACCAAUUUCCAACCUCCCAUUUUUGGGCAAGGUUCUGGAGCGGGUGGUUGCCACGCAGCUCCAGGAGUUCCUCGAUGACACUGAUUUUCUGGACCGCUCGCAGUCUGGCUUCAGGCCUGGGCACAGUACCGAGACGGCUUUGGUCGCCUUGGUGGAUGACCUCCGCAGGGAACUGGACAGGGGGAGUGUGACCCUGCUGGUUCUCUUGGACAUCUCAGCGGCUUUCGAUACCAUUGACCAUGGCAUCCUUCUGGGGAGGCUCUCUGGGAUGGGGCUCAGUGGCACGGUUCUGCUGUGGCUCCAGUCCUUCCUGGAGGGCCGUUCCCAGAUGGUGAAGCUGGGGGACACCUGCUCGGACCCCUGGCCUUUGACCUGUGGGCUCCCGCAAGGGUCUAUUCUAUCCCCAUGCUAUUUAACAUCUACAUGAAACCGCUGGGAGAGGUCAUCCGGAGUUUUGGAGGGCGUUGCCAUCUCUACGCAGAUGACACGCAAAUCCACUACUCGUUCCCAUCUGACUCCAAGGAAGCCCCUCGGAUGCUGAACCAGUGCCUGGCCGCUGUGGCGGACUGGAUGAGGAGGAACAAGCUGAGGAUCAAUCCUGACAAGACAGAGGCCCUCCUGGUCAGUCGCGCGUCGGAUCGAAGUAUUGGGUGGCAACCUGUGCUGGACGGGGUCGCACUCCCCCUGAAAUCACAGGUCCGCAGUUUGGGGGUCCUCCUGGACUCAGCGCUGACGCUUGAGGCGCAGGUGUCGGCGGUGGCCGGGAGGGCCUUCGCACAACUCAGGUUAAUUACGGGGGCGAGUUACAGGGAGAGAUCUACUCCCCUGUUCAAGGAGCUCCACUGGCUGCCUUUUAUUUUCCGGUCCCAAUUCAAGGUGUAUACCAUCACAUAUAAACGGUUUGGGACCCACCUACCUUCGUGACCGUAUCUCCUACCACAAGCCUACACGAUCCCUUCACUCAUCAGGGGAAGCUUUCCUGUCCCCACUCCCGAUAUCCCAGACCCGCCUUGUGGGAACAAGGGAGAGGGCCUUUUCUGCUGUGGCCCCCCGAUUGUGGAAUUCUCUGCCCGCGGAGAUUAGGCAAGCCCCCACACUAGCAGCCUUCAAGAAAGACUUGAAAACAUGGCUCUUUCGCUGCGCUUUUGGAGAGUAACCAUUUUAUAUUUCUUUUCCGUUGCUCCCCCUAAUAUCUAUCCUCCAGAAUACCCCACUCCCUUAUGACCCUGUUCGCUGUGGUUUUUAUUUUUAUGUCUUUCUCACCCCGAGUUUUAACUUAAUGUUCAUGUGGUCUGCCCUUGUUUUUAUUGUCUCUUUGUUUUAUUUUGUAAUGGAUAUUAUUUACUGUAUUGUUUAUUGUAUUGUGUUGUGCUGUUCUUUUAUAUGCUGUUUACAUUGUAUUGUUUUGGGCGUGGCCCCAUGUAAGCCGCCCCGAGUCCCCAUUGGGGAGAUGGUGGCGGGGUAUAAAUAAAGUUUUAUUAUUAUUAUUAUUA